UGAUCGGCAGUGCGCUGUGAUCACCGUUUCCGCGGAGGGGACAUGUACACUGAUCAUCAGGGCACUGAUGAUCAGUGUGCCCUGAUGAUCAGUGUAGCCCCAGCAGUGCCACCUGUCAGUGUCCAUCAGUGCCUUAUGUCAGUGCUCAUCAGUGCCUCGUGCCAGUGCCCAUCAGUGCCACAUAUCAGUGCCCAUCUGAGCUGCCUUUCAGUGUCACCCAUCAGUGCCAUCAGUGCCAUCUAUCAAUGCCAAUCAGUGCCACCUAUCAGUGCCAGUCAGUGCCGCCUAUCAGUGCCAUGUAUCAGUGCUGCCUUUCAGCACCCAUCAGUGAUGCCUGUCAAUGCCCAUCAG